AUGUCGAAUCCUCGCCGAACUCCAGCGUUGGUUGUGGGAAUCGUCAUUACGGCAGCGCUGGUGUUCAUUGGCGCAUAUCGCCAUCCCUUACCCGAGAGAGGAAGUCCCGAUUACGAUGUCGACGCCAAAUUCGACCUUCCCACUCCACCAACCGCCCUGUCAUACUCCAAAACAGACAACAUCAUCUGUAUGGUAGUAAUGACGCUGAUCGGGCUCUCAGCCGUCGUCCUCGGCGCACGCGACGCCCAAAAACAGCGCAGCCUCCUCCUGCUAAUCCUCCCGCUCAGCGGCGCCAUGAUCGCCUUCCCAGAGACGUUCAUCGACGUCCUCGGCUGCAUAUACUACCCCUGGUCGGCAGAAAACGCCUCCUUCCACCUGAUUGGGCGCGAGAUGCCGCCCUGGAUUCUGAUAUGGUUCGGCUACGGCUCGCUGAUGCAAAUCAACCUCAAGCUUCUCGUAAACAACGCUUCUACGAAGAUGCUGUGGUGGUUCCUCGGCCUGAUGAUGGUUUCGGACCUUGUAGUGGAGGAGGUCCUGCUGCCGAUGGGGGUGUACCAUUACUACGGGAACCAGCCGCUGGUCAUUCUGAACAUGUUCCCUUGGUGGUGGAUGGCGCCCAACUCCAUCGGCGUGUUCCUUGCGACGGCCCUGGCGUAUCGCUACCGGUCUCUGCUUGUUGGUUGGAAGGUUGUUGGUGUCAUGUCUUUGACGCCAAUGUCAGUUGGCGCCAUAUAUGGGUUCAUCUGCUUCCCUGUCUGGGUUGCCAUCAACGGGGACUGGGGAUGGCUCGUGACACAACUUCUUGGGUUGUUGACGAUGGCUUUCGGGUUCGUGGCUUUUUGCAUCAUUUUGGAGAUGGUUCUAGGACGAAACCCGUUUGAUAUGGGCGGAAAGGAAGAGCGCCCCAUCCCUUCAGCGGAUCCCGGACAAGUUGAGGCUUUUCAAGACGAAUGUUGA